CUGCUGUCUCUUUCCUUACUUCUUCUUUCAUCACUUUCUCAAACUAAAACAAACACACCACAGUUAACACACAAAAACAGACACCAAUGACCAUCGAACUUAGAUUGUUUUUGCAGCCACAAAACAUCUCAAGAGUUGACCGAACCAACGCAAACGCAAUUCUUUCAUAAUUCACUGCAGCUUCCCUCUCUCUCUCUUGUUCCGUGGAACAUUGAAAAAAAAGCCUGCGGAAAAAGAUAAAGCUCUUAGUUUUCUCUCUGCCCCUUCUUUCCCGCCACCUUCGUUUCAUUCACCCUUUUCUCCCCCUUUUCUUUUUUUCUUCUUUAUCCUUUUCCUUUCCUCUCUCUCCACAUACCUUCUGAUCCGAUCUAAUAUGCUAACUGAGGUUGCUGCGUACUGGGCACCCUGAUUCUCGCGACAGUGAAAGUUUGGGAGACCAUUUUUUUCCAGGCAGAAUGCUGUGAAUGAAUUUGGUUUUUCACUUUUGAGAUCUACUGUGGAAAAUCUGUUGGUAAUUUGUUAAAAAUUUUGAGCAAGAUGUCUGGUGAAUCAGCUUCCAGACCCAAACCCCGAUUAGUGUUAUGCCCUAAAUGCUGGCAACUUCUUCCAGAGUCUCCAGACUAUGAUGUGUACAAGUGUGGUGGAUGUGGCACAACACUUCAAGCUAAGAAACGAAGAAGUAAGGCUGUGAACUCAGAGUCUGGUAUGCAUGAAACGGAUGCAGCUCCUAGAAAUGCAGUGGAUCCUAAAGCUGAUGAUAAACAAUACAACAAUGAAGAGAAGCUACUUAGAGAUCAGGAAAAUGGUGUGAGGGAAAAGUUGACAAGUUCAUCAGGAAAAUGCUCUUUGGAUGGAUACGAUAGAAGGAAUCAAAUUGAAAAUGGUGAAUGCAAUGGAGAGCAGCUAGUUGCUUCUCGGGUGAAUGGUUUCAAUGAAGAAACAACUCGUUCUUCCUCUGGAGAAUGGUCUUCGAGUGAAAAUGGUGGUAGGGAUCAAAUUAAAGAUGGUGAAUUCAAUGGAAAGCAGUUAGUUACUUCUCUGGAGAAUGGUUUUGGGGGGAAAACAUCUAGUUCUUCCUCAGGAGAGUGUUCUUUGGCUGGAAAUGGUGGAAGUUAUCUAAUUGAAGGUGGUGAAUGCGAUGGAGAGCAGCCAGUUAUUUCUCAGGAGAAUCGUUUUAGUGAAAAAGUGGCUAGUUCUUCCUCACAAGAAUGUUCUUUGAAUGGAAAUGUUGAAAGGAAUGAAAUUGAAGAUGGUAAAUACAAUGGAGAGCAUCUAGUUAUUUCUCGGGAGAAUGGUUUGAGUGAAAAAGCAGCUAGUUCUUCCUCACAAGAAUGUUCUUUGAAUGGAAAUGUUGAAAGGAAUGAAAUUGAAGAUGGUAAAAACAAUGGAGAGCAUCCAGUCAUUUCUCAGGCUAAUGGUUUGGGUGAAAAUGCAGCCAAUUCUUCCUUAGGAGAAUGUUCUUUGAAUAGAAAUGGUGGAAGGAAUCAAAUUGAAGAUGGUAAAUACAAUGGAGAGCAGACAGUUAUUUCACAGGAGAAUGGUCUUAUGGAAAAAGCAUCUGGCUCUUCCUUGGGAGAAUUUUCUUUGGAUGAAAUUGAUGGAAAGGAUCAAAUUGAAAAUGGUGAACGCAAUGGAGAAUGGAUUGAACAUGUUAAUUUGCCAGAUGAGACACUGGAAAAUGAGAUGGAUAUCUAUAAAUUGUCAGAUAUGAGAAGUCAAAGUGGUUGUUCAGAUGAGCUAACUCAUUUUGAAAAUGAAACCUCAGCAGAAUUGGUGGCAGAGUGUUCGGUAGAAAAUGCUAAGAACACAAACUUGCAUCUAGAAGGAGAAGAGCUAAGUAAUGGAAAUGUGCCAUUAGAAGGAGCAGGGGAGCAGUUAAUUAGUGCAUUGGAUAAAGAAGAUGCCAAUGAUGAGAAAUCAGCUUCAGUACAGGUAAAGCCUGUAGUGGACAUUGCAGGAAAUGAUUUACAAGUAAAUGGAAACCUGAUUGUAGAAGGGCCAGAAGAAGAUUUAUUUUGUGGAUCAGGUGAAGAAGAAGUCAAUAAUGACAGAUUGGAGCUAUUUGGUGCAAAUCCUAAGGUGGUCAUUAAUGGAAGCAGAGAAGCAAGAUCAGAAGAGUUACCUGACAGAAACUUGUUAUCGGAGGUAACAGAAGAGCAGUUGAAUGGUGAAGAUCUUAAAUAUCUGCAAUCAGAUCUAGUGGGUGCAAAAUCUGAAGUGGACAAUGCAGGAAAUACAUCUACUGCCAAAAGGUUAAGUACUGAAAAAGGAAGCAUUUCAGGUGCCUACUCCAGUGAACUUGAAGGUUCAUUCGGCAACCAUGCAUCUUCCAAAACCAUUGCUCAUAGCUUUGAUCGUGUAAGGUCUGUGGAUACAUUUGAUAACACAGAAGUGAUCAAUCCUGGUUUUGAGACUAGUGGUACUCUGGGAGGAUUUUCUAAAUCUUCAACCACUCGAAGCUACCAUGCUUAUGAUGGAAGUGUCUCUUCAAAUGAUGGGGUGGAUGACCAGUUCCCUAAUCAAUAUUUAGAUUCUUUUGAGAACACUUACGCUGUUGCUAGUGGGGUUUUUGAGGGAGGAUCCAGAAAGGGUAAAGGCGUUGCUAACAGCAUGCUACAUGGAGAUCUUGAAACAAUAAACCGUUAUUUUCACGAGGGAAGGCCUUAUGUCCAAAGAGACAGCAGGGUGAAUAUAAAUGAAGUUCCAGAGACUACAAGACAUGAUCAUGCACAUUGGAUGAGAAUAAAGAGAGAUGAGUUUCCUCCCAGAAUACCUCCUCAUCGAAGUGGUUCACAAUCUGGCUAUGAAAGUGGAAGCACAUCAAAUCAAAUUAUUGAUGACUUCUACUGCGGCUCAAGCUAUCUUUCACAUGACUCAUAUGAUGACCCUGAUCAGGAGAAGAUGAAACUGUUGAGAUUGGUUUAUAAAUUGCAGGAUCAACUCAAGAGAACUAGCUAUGUAAGUGGUGAAACGAAUGGAAGACUGUCCAUGGGAAGUCACAUGUCUGCAUACCAAAGCCAUGAUCUUCAUGAAAGAAGAUUUUAUCAUGGUUUGGAUUACCCCAGGCAUGAUGGAAUAUGUAGUCAUGGAAUCAACUGGUGCCAAAAGCAUAAUUUUUCACGUGCACCUUAUUCAACUGAGCCAACAUGCAGCAUACACCAUGUUGAUCCUUCUUGUUUCAAUUGCUGUCCCCAACAGUGGCAACACUCGGCAGAGUUGCCUCCACGUGAUCUUUAUCAGCAUGAAGAGUUAUGUAGGCAUAAUCCAGGUCACAAUUGUUGUUCACCUCAUCAUUCUUAUCCUGUAAGUCCGCAAUGUUCCAUGACCUCUAACCUUCAAGCUCAUGCCCAUGAAACAAUGUCAUGUGAUCAGAUGUACAGGCCUGAGGUGAAAAAACAUUUUAGGGAGAAACCAGUCUUGACCAGGCGACAUUACCGGCCCGUGGCCGGUGGAGCACCGUUUGUCACUUGCAAUAAGUGCUUGAAACUGCUGCAACUGCCUGCAGAUUUCCUCCUUUUCAAAAGGGUGUUUCACCAGCUCAAAUGUGGUGCAUGUCAAGAGGUACUCAAAUUUUCUCUGCACAACAGAAGUCACAUAGUCUCUUAUGCAUCAAAUGAUGUAGAGCCGUCCCUAAACGAGGUGAUCUAUGGAAGCAAUCCACCAUCUGAGCCUCGUGACAACUACCAUCAUUCCCCACAUGCAGACCAUGCUUCAUAUUCUGAUGAUUAUGGAAAUUCCGCUGGUAAGAGCUACUCCUCUGAAGGAGAUCCCAUACCGUUAGAUCGCUUGCAUGGCAGUGAAUAUGAUAAACCAACUGUAUCUUCUGGUACCUUGGAGACUAUAACAGAGAAGGAGAAAACUGCUGUAAGAGGUCCUGGUACCAGUGAGGCUUCAGUUGAAACAGAUAAAUCAAAUAUGACCUCCUCCAAUAUUGCACCAGAAAUUGAAGAACAUUUACAGCCAAAAAGUUCACCUCUUCAUCAACUGAUGGGUUAUUCCUCACCAAGUCAAGUAGUAAGAGGGAUUCCAUAAUUUGUUGAAGGAAAAGAUCACAUACUUAGUUGAGAAAAUGGUCUACUCAUGAGUCUCAACAGUCAUGCUGCACUGGCUCAGAUGACAAUUCGGUUUUUUCUUUAUUAUGGUGAAUCUAAAAUGAAGCUUGAACGAUCAAGAAAUGGGUGAGUUCUUUUCUCCAACUUUGGGAUGUGGUGAUAAGGCAUUUACAUAAUCAAUUAUUUUGUUUAAUUCUAUUGAACAAGGGCAGUAAGAUUGACUUGUUCCUCUAAGAUGUGUAUCAGUAAUUUUGUGGAACAGUUUGGCAAUGUAUGCUGAAAAUGAAAAUAUAUUUAAUGUAAAAAUGUAAUUUUGGCUUGUAUAGAUCUAAUUAUUAUGUGAUUUUUUACACUUUUAUUUCUUUAAA